AUGGAUUCUCGGAAAUUCUAUGGCAAGGGACCACCUGGAAAUGGAAAUGAAAGCGAGGACAGUGAGCUGUCUGACGAUGGUGACGACCUCUACGUGCCACCAGAGAAAGAAACUGUACCCCUGCAUGACCUCUCAUCAUCUGAUACAGAAUCGGUCGAUGACGCUGAGCUCCUGCCAUCCCCAAGAAUCAAAAAGCAGAAGACUAACAUCCCAACUUGGAAAGAAAAAACAUCCGUCUAUGAUCCUGAGGCCGUGAAGUUUUCCGGUGAUACCACACUUCCACGAGAAGUUACUGAACUCGACACACCUCUUCAAUACUUCAAAUAUUUUAUUACACCUGAGAUUGUGGACCACAUAGUCGAUCAGACAAACCUGUACUCAGUACAGUGUGAGCCCAACAAGCCAGUGUGUGUAACUGGAGCAGAACUUGAACAGUUCUUCGGAACAAUUCUCUACAUGUCCAUUGUGAAGCUCCCAGCGACGAGACUUUAUUGGAACAGUCACAUCGGGCAGCAUGCUAUUUCGGGCAUCCUCUCGUGCAACCGUUGGGAGGAGCUCAAGCGGUUCCUCCAUGUCAACGACAACACCACAUUUGCCCCCAUUGGUCACCCAUCUCACGACAAGCUGCACAAAAUCAGACCGCUUUUGGACAUGCUAAACGCGCGGCUGCACUUGAUUCCAAAAGAGGAGUAUCUUGCAGUAGUUGAGCAAAUAAUUCCGACAAAAUCAAGAUCAUCAAUUAAACAGUAUAACGCCAAAAAACCUCACAAGUGGGGAUACAAGGCAUUUGUACUGAGUGGAAUAUCGGGGUUCAGUUAUGAAAUUGAAGUGUUUGCUGGCGCUCAGAACAACACCGUACCGGUUGGCUGUCCAGACCUUGGCGCUAGCAGCAACGUAUAG